AUAAUGCAGUGGAACUGCCUUCGAGGUCCAGAUUUGAGUUUGAGGGUACUAUGGUAUUCACGGUAUGUUAAUAGUUGCACAGACAUGCAGCAUGAAUGUGGCUUUGGCAACACCACAUCCAAGGUAUGUCUACUUCAACUUCUUCCCUGAAAGACUCAACAGAGGUAUACUAAUUGAUGAGGACCAGAAGAGCACCAGAAAACAGCACCAGUAAGUGUCCCACACGAGUGAUGAUGGCUGAUCUCCAACGCUUGGAAGAGCCCUUUUGGACCUACUUCCCAAUCUGUUUGACAGUACUCCUGGAUUUGACAGCAGGGAUGAGGUUACAAACUGUCGACCACGCCCCAUGUCUUUGAGAAGCUCCGACGCGCCAUGCCUCAAGCACACUCGUCUCAUUAGUGGUGCCUGAGUCGACUCGUGUUCAGGAGCAGAGUACGGAACAUGGUCUCUCCUGAAAAGCUAUUGUACAAGCAGCCCAGUGUCUUGGUGGGACGUACUGAUGUGGUGUCAGUGACCCCAUGGUUGGCACCCAUCGUCUGGGAAGGCACCUUUGACCCUGUGCUUGUCGACAAUAUCUACAAGCCCAUGAACCUCACAAUAGCAACCACAGUGUUUGCCAUUGGAAAAUAUGUCAGAUUUCUCCAAGAUUUUCUGGACACAGCAGAGAAGCACUUUAUGGUCGGCUUCAGCAUGCGCUACUACGUUUUCACGGAUCAUCCCCACGAUGUUCCUUCAGUGAACCUGACUCAGGGGAGACAUUUGAGUGUGAUCCAGGUCCCGGGUUCAAACCGCUGGCAGGAGAUAUCAGCCCGGAGGAUGGAGAUCAUCCAGACCACCAUCGAACGUCAGAUCAGAAGGGAGGCCGACUACAUCUUCUGUCUGGACGUAGACAGCAAGUUCCACGCUCGCUGGGGGUCAGAGUCUCUUGGAAGGCUGGUUGCUGUGAUACACCCAGGUUACUACGAGCAGACGCGUGACCGCUUCCCGUACGAACGGCGUCCAGCCUCGACGGCCUACAUCCCCAUGGAUGAGGGAGACUACUACUAUGGCGGGGCUAUGAUCGGAGGGUUCGUGGAGGAUGUGUACACACUAACAAAGGUGUGUCGGACCCGGUUUGAGGAGGAUGCGGGGAAUUCCAUCGAGGCUGCCUGGCAGGAGGAGAGCCACCUCAACAGGUACCUGCUCUACAACAAGCCCAGCAAGGUGUUGUCUCCAGAGUACCUGUGGCAGGACUUCAAGGCCAAAACCAAAGAGGUAAAAGUCAUUCGCUUCUCAGGGGUCAUUAAAAACUAUGCUGAUGUUCGUCCCAAUGUAUGAAAUAGGUAGUGGCUAUUAGACCGGCAGAGUCGUAGCGGUCAAAUUAAUUGAGUUUAGGUUAAGGAACAAGGGUUAAGUUUAACUUUAGGUAUAGUUUGACUGAGGUUAGGAGAAGGCAUAAUAACAAUUUUGGGGGUGCUUAUAAAUUUGUCACCUGUGGGUGUUUCUUGUACAAAUGUGUAAUGGAAAUGUGUUUCUUGCAUAUCACAACUCCUGAGAGUGGGGUCACGGGCCAGGGUCACCAUUGUUCGUUUUAACUUAUUUCAUUCUGUAUUCUAUCUAUUUUACAUGUUGAUUACUGUGAGGGAACAAAGAAAUAUGUAAAAAAAUGUAACAAAAGUCACAAUAAUAGUAAUAACAAUAAUAGUAUUAUAUGUUAUUUUCUUGAAAUAAAUGUUUUACCACAUUC